AGCAUGAGAUCCAUAGACUUCUCUGUCAACCUGUUACAUAAGCUUGGUUUGACAAGCCAGGCAUUGCCGCUUUCACUGUGUGUUGCAAUCGUCACUUAUUCACUGAAUGGGGAUUAGCAAAUGACUGGGGAGGAGAAUAAAUUAUUUUGCAGUCACCUGAUAGUUUAAAUACUAUAGUAUAGGUAAGGUCUAUGCAGUAGCUAAUCUGACAGGCAUUAGUGCUUCAUGCUGCUAAUUUCUGCUGACAAACACUGAUCAUAUUUUUAUUACACCCUUGCAUUUCACCCUGUGCAGCAAAUUACUUAUUGAAAGGCAAUGGAGUGGACAGAUCCCAUUUCCAUAUUUUUACUUUUUGUCCUGACUGUUCUGUUUAUUAUGAAAACUGAAAAAUUCUGGAAUAGCAGCUUCAGAGAGGAUUUUCCCCCAGGACCAAAGCCUUUACCCAUCAUUGGAAAUCUGCAUAUAAUGAACCUGAAGAGGCCCUACCGGACUAUGCUGGAGCUGUCCAAAAAGUAUGGCCCAGUCUUCAGCAUUCAGAUGGGAUGCCAGAAAAUGGUGGUGCUGUCGGGAUACGAGAUGGUGAAGGAGGCUCUUGUGAACCAGGCAGAUGCAUUUGCAGAGAGACCUAAAAUCCCAGUAUUUGCAGAUACUUCAAAAGGAUAUGGUAUUAUUUUUUCUCAUGGCAAUAACUGGAAAGUGAUGCGAAGAUUUACUCUCACGACCUUACGAGACUUUGGAAUGGGCAAGAGGGCCAUAGAGGACCGGAUUGUUGAAGAGAACGGAUUUCUGACAAAGGAUAUUGAAUCUCGUAAAGGAAAGCCCUUUGAGAUCACUACAAUUAUAAAUGCUGCAGUGGCCAAUAUCAUUGUGUCAAUACUACUUGGAGAACGGUUUGACUACAAAAACCCCACCUUCUUAAGACUGCUAAGUUUGAUGAGUGAAAACGCCAGGCUGGCUGGAAGUCCGUCAGUUACGCUAUAUAACAUGUGCCCAGCCCUUGGAUUUCUACUCAGGAAUUACAAGAUUCUUUUGCACAACACAAGUGAAUUGCAUUCUUUUAUACGGCUUACUUUCAUAGAACGCCUCAAAGAACUGGACAAAAAUGAUCAGAGAAGUUUUAUUGAUGCAUUCCUUGUAAGACAGCAAGAGGAGAAAAGUAAUACCAAUGGAUAUUUCCAUAAUGACAACUUAAUAAGCCUUGUGAACAACUUGUUUGCUGCUGGCAUAGAGACCACUUCCACCACGCUGCGCUGGGGACUUCUGCUAAUGAUGAAAUACCCCCAAAUUCAGAGCAAAGUCCAAGAAGAGAUUGCAAGAGUUAUAGGAUCAGCCCAGCCACGAAUUGAACAUCGAACUAAAAUGCCGUAUACGGAUGCAGUUGUCCAUGAAAUUCAGAGGUUCGCUAAUAUCCUGCCCAUGGACUUGCCUCAUGAAACUACUGAGGAUGUUACUCUUAAAGGCUACUUUAUUCCAAAGGGAACUUACAUCAUCCCCUUACUGGCCUCUGUACUGCAGGAUGAAUCUCAGUGGAAGAAACCAGAUAAAUUCAAUCCUGAGCAUUUUCUUGACUCCCAAGGAAAGUUUGUAAAGAAAGAGGCUUUCAUGCCUUUUUCAGCAGGUCGGAGGAUCUGUGCAGGCGAGACUCUUGCCAAGAUGGAGCUCUUCCUCUUCUUUACAAGCCUCCUGCAGAGGUUCACUUUCCAUCCUCCUCCUGGAGUUACCAGCUCAGACCUGGACCUCACCCCAGCAGUUGGGUUUACCACGCCCCCAAUGCCCCAUAAGAUGCUGACUCUGCAUCUUCAGUUGUUAUUACUCCCUACGUUGGUGAUUUCCAACUCGGUGGGAGGGACAUGGGAGAAGUGAGGAGUCUGUUCCGGAGGGAGGUGUGGUGGUGACAUUCAGUAACAAAGAAGGAACCUCUGCACUCCCAGGACUGCCCCGACCUCUGAGACUAUGUCUACGCUAGGGGAUCACAAAUGUUGUACCUUGUGUAGGAGAAGCUCAUUGCACACACUAGCUGCUCCUGGCAUCUCUCCAUUCCCCACAAAAGCUCCUUCUGUUCAGCCUCCCAUCCCGUUCUUUGUCAGGGAUGCCCUGCAACCCCCACAACCUCCCCCAUGUUAGAGGUUCUGUGAAUCUCAGUUCCCGCUCCUCUUAUACCAGGGGCCCCUAUUUUCUCCUCCUGCCACAGUGGCUCUGCGUGCACCCCAUGUCCUAAUUCACCUCAUUCUCCUCCAUGGCCAGGGCUCUGUGUGGCCCCUUCACCCAUACCAGCUUCCCCCAAUCUCUCCCCAUUAGAGGCUGUGUGCUCCCCAGGGUCCUCCAUUCUUUCCCCAUGGCAAAAGUUCUGUGUGCACCCCCACUCUCCUCUAUGUCCCCCAUUCUUCUCUAUACCAUGGAUACUGUGUGCCCCAUUCCCAAACCCCCCCAUCCCCACCUUCCCCUCAUGCCAGGGGCUUUGUGUGCCCCCCUUCCCCAAUUCCAGGGUCCCCCAUUCUCCACCCCCAUGGCAAGGGCUCUGUGUGUGCCCUGAUUCCCCCCUUUCCCACCCAUAUUCCCCAUUCCCCCUCCCUCCAUACCAGAGUUUUCUAAUCUGCCUCCCGCCAGGGGUUCUGUGUUCCCCAUUCACCCCAUGCCCCCGUGAUGAUUUGUGGGGUUCCUAGCAAUGUGAGUCACCUUAUUACCCUCCCCCCUCCCACCUCCAGUGAGAGAGAGACUUGCCAGCUCCCUGACCUCUGCUUUCUCUUAGCUACCCAAGCACUCUCCGCUGGGCUAUGCAGCCCCCACUUUGCCUUGCAGGUUACCAGUAGGUGCACCCCAGUCCUUUGCCGUGUUCCCCUGUGGUGCCCAGCCCCUUAGCCACUGACCACGCACAGUAACACCAGGUCUCCUGUCCCCAAGGGGCCAGCGAUGACACCAGCUCGUUUGAUUCAGCUCAUGGUCAGCACUUAAUACCAUCGGAAGCAUAGACGACCUGUGCCUGCUGGCAGUGGCGGGGGGAGGGGGUGCACAACUCAGGAACAGCUCAAGUCAAGACUACCCCCCCACCCUCCCAAGGCAGUCCUCCCCCAUGGGAAAGCAGCAGCUGCUCAACGGCACAGCUCCCUGGCUCAGCUGCUGUGUCGGGAGGGGGCCUGGCCACACCAUGUGACUGAGCAAUCUGGGCAGGGCGUGACACCACAUGCCCCUUGCACAAACAUCACCUCUGCCAGCAAGUAUAACCUGCUUUCUAAAGACUAAACUCAACUUGCCAGGCUAACCUCCAAUCUUAGUAAGUUUAUCUUGCCCCAAAUGUCCUUUGCAGCAUUUCAACCAAGCUGGUUGUGAUCCUGUUUUCAAGAACGUAAACAUGCUGUCUGUUUACAUCCUAGGUGCAGGAUGCCAAGGUGUGUUCUUUGCUCCCCAAAUACACAGAAAGGCAAGGGGGGGUGUAUUUUAGGACAAUGGUUCUCGUCCUCUGCUGAGUUUCUCUAGCUGUUCAUUCCUUUCUGAAGUUCUAACAAUCCUUCAUGUGACUUCAGAUACAUAGUCUCUGGGCAUGCAUUUCACAGCGAUAUUAACAGCCAGCCUGACCCUGCUUUCAUUUAAGAUCUUCCAUGACACUCUUUGGUGAACCAGAGUGUACAUACCAGGAUCAGGAUCUGCUUGUAACCCCGUUGCCAGUUGGCAUUGAGGGGUUUUAGGGUUACACGCCCAUACCAGAGUUCUCUAUUCUCCCCCUCAUGCCAAAGGCUGUGAGCACACCCCCAUUUCCGGCCAUUCCCACUUCACGCCAACCAUUCUUCUUCUUUCUGUCUGGGGGCUUAUUCAUUCCAGAUGCCACCAUGUUAAAAUCUAUGGGGAGGAUGGGUAGAGUUAAGAGAAAUGGGUAUUGUUAUACUAGAAAGCAUUAACUCAGCCAUCCGCCAGCUGUUUGAGCUCUAGAUAAUUGCAGAGGUGUUUGACUGUGGCUGUACUAAAGAGCUGUCAGGGCUUCAUGUGUCUCACAUUUUCCCCUUUUGGUUUUAUAUUUUCCCCCAGAACCAAUAGGAUUCUGACCAUUGAUGCCUAGAAUAGUCCCUGAAAUUUUAGAAUUGAUUAUUGUGAUAGACACAGAGAAAUGUCAAGUCGAGUGUAAGGCCUUCACACAGCUCUGGGUGACCCCAUCACUGGGCCCUACAUGACCACAGGGUCACAGCACUACUCAGGUGUGACCUGGCCACCCUUCUGUCGUGAUGGAGAUGCAGUAAGGCCAAAUUUGAGUGAGUGGCAUCGUAACCUGGCCCAUGGGCUCACCGCACUGUUUAGGAUUGCCCCACCUUAUGAAUUGGGGCCCUACACGUGUGCCUACUUGCCUAUGCACUAAUCCAGCCCUGCCGUCACAAGCUCAGCCAAGCAGGAAAAAGGCAAGUGUAGCUGUCCCACUCGCGUUUGUACCGCGACCAAUUAACAAGUGUUAUAACUACGCUUAGCUAUCUCUGCACUAGGAUUGCAACAUUUAUUGGUAUGUUAAAAGUACACUUUUUUUCCUACUGCAGACAAGCCCUGAAAGAGAGAAACUGAGGCAGAGGGUAAGGCUGAGUUUUUCAAACUUUCCCAAACCUGUUUAUAACCCCUUUACCAGUUGGCAUUGAGGGGUUUUGGGGACAUACCCCUAUACCAGAGUUCUCUAUUCCCCCCAUCAUGCCAGGGGCUGUGUGCACCCCUCACCCCCACUCCAUUUUCCACCAUUCCCACUCCUCAACCAUCAUUCUUCUUUCUGUAUGGACACUAAGCCAUUCAGGGUGUCAAAGGGGUUAGACAAACACCUGGCAGGAAUGGUUUAUUUAUUACUAUGUACACUUAAAGCGGGACUAAGCAAUAACUAAACCAUUCCAGUACACUAAAGGCUUUUAAAAAGAUGCCAGAGUAUUUAAUGUAUUAAAACUCUGUUUCCUGUACUAAUUAUGAAAAUAGUCAAUAUGAAGCUAACAUUUCCAUGUCUUUAUUGUCUUCUAUCAACUCAAAUAUAGCGAUAAAUGUAUAUUGUUUAAAUAAUCAAUUCUGAUCACAUAACAUCUCAAAAGUAGAGUAUCUUGUCCUAAAAUAAAGAUUCUGUCUGCACUUAAAGUCUGGGUCAAUAUGAAUAAUGUGAUGUAUUCUGAAAGAGCUGAUCAUCAUGAAUAUAGAGUGUUUAUAGGUUGCUAUGUGGUUUUCUAUAGAUGAUCUUCUAAAAUUAAAAAGCCUGAUCUAAUAUAACAA